ACGGGGCGUCGUAACAGUCGCCAUGCGGGCCGUGCACGGACUCUGGUUUGGCUCAAUGCCGCGGCCGGUGACAGCUAAGGACGCCGCGGGCGCCGUCGCCAUAGCUCGACGCUCUUUGGCGCUGCAGCUCGCGGUAUGUGCGCCGCAACACGAGCGGGUGUGGGGUGAUGAUGUGGCCACCAUCCCGGGUGCACUUGCCGCGUACCUCGAGGUGCUCAACGCGCAAGUUAACGAUGGACCAUUACUGGAGGCAGACUUUUCGUGGGAGCACGCAUGCGCCCAGUCCUUGCCGCCAAUGUCGUGGCGUGACCGCGACCAAGCAUUUGUCGUGCUCUGCCUCGGGUUUUUGACCGCGCUGGAAGCCGAAGAGAGAACCCGUGUCGCAGAUGACGCGCUCGGAAUCACCGAACGCUGGCGCCGCGCCGCGGGCUACUUUGGUGAUGCUUCGCUCGCGACGCUGCCUCAUGCCCGCCUGUGGCAACAACUCGCAGUUGUCGCUGCCCAUGCGUCCGAGCUGCGAAAUGUGGAGGCUGCGGAAACGUCAAAAGUGCAGCUGGCACGGUACCACUCGGCCGUCAGUCGAAGCGCUUAUAGCGCGUGCGUCGCUGCAUCCGAAGCGGUUGAAGCACUCCCACCCGCAGUCCCCUUGUCGCACCAGUUACGCUGGCAUGUGAACGCGGCCAAGGUUGCAUGUCGAAAUACGUAUUGGCAAAACGAAGCCAUCGUCUUUGCCGAUGCGCAUCAACCGCGUAAGAUGCAUCUGUGCGGAUUCCGAAACUACAAGCCUCUUUUAGAGCUGGCACUUGUUUUCACGGAUGCUGUCUCCAAGACGAAGCUGCCAAUUCCCCCGCAGUACUCACACAGCGCGUGCCGAGCGUUCACAGCACUCAUGCACAGCACGGUGAGCGCCCAUCAAGAGCUCCUCCAGUGGGCUCUCGAGGAGAAGAGCCGGCUAAAAGCCGCUGUCCAAGCCCCACCCCUAGCACAUGAUCAGCUCACGCGGUUUCUGUCCAUUGCACCACUCUCCUUGACGUCCUUGCAGCCUUUCCCGGAAUCGACGGCGCUCCAGCCGAAUAAUGAGAAUCAAGCAGAGCCAAAGAAGCCCAUUCCAGGACUCAUGGUUCAACCGCAGCCCACUAACCGAGACGAGGCGUGGACAUUGGCCGUCGCACCCGAUCCCUCGUUAAGUGUCCUCCGAAACGUGCAUUCGAUGCCGUCGCUCACGCCCCGGACUAUUUUACGUUCAUCGACGAGCAUGCUGGAGCUGGCGCUGCCUGCGUGCACGAACGACCCUUACCAUUGCCACCGAUCACUCUCCGUCUUCAAGCGCAAGGCAUGCGGCCUCUGUGAGCGCGCCUUUCCGGCAGGAAAUCUACCUGGUGAGGUUGUGCGACGCCGCAUCCUCGAGUUGCGAGUCUUUUGGGGCGUCGAGUCGGAGAAGAACCCCAAGCAUGCGCCCGCGUCCUUCCUCUACCACACGGUUCGCGUCUGCUUGCUUUGCCAUGAGAUUCUCUCGGCCCCGCCCACCGCAGGCGCCAAACACGCGCUUGCAACCGAGGCCUCCAUCACAACGCACGUUGGCCGCCUGCGCAAGCACAGCAUUCUCACGACAGCAGCCAAGACGGAUGAGAUCGGCUACAUGAUCCACGAGUCGAUUCUCAACGACGCUCUAUUGUUGCUGGAAGCUCCUGGCCACCUCCACCACCGGCGGGACAUUACGCAGCGCCCCAACGUACGCGCGACCAUGAGCUCCAGUCUUCUUCUCGGCGUUGCCGCCAACGCCAUCGACCGCAGCGCGACGCGGGGCAUCCACACCCAAGAGGAGCUGGCCCCGUGGUGGGAAGUCGAUCUGGGCACGCACUGCUCGAUUUCGUCUGUUGAGAUUUGGAACUGCGUCGACAGCGACCCGUGCGUUGCCGAGUGCCUCUUUCCGUGCCACAUUGUGCUGCUCAUGAAGCCAGGCCACGGACGCGACCUUCUCACCCUCACGGCCCUCGGCGUCGACUCGACCGUUGUUCACAGCGUAGUGCAGCCUAUUCGGUGGGAGCCCAAGGCAGGCAGCGUCGCCCGCUAUGUGCGCGUGGUUGCCAACAAGUGGACGUACCUCCACGUCGAGCGCAUCCACGUGUUCGGGUCACCCGUCCAGCAAGAAGCCGAUGUUCUCAAGAAGAAGCGACCGUCGUCGACGGGCACGUCGUCAAAGCUGCGUUUGCUCCGGAACGAUCCCACGAGCGUCUUUAGCCGCCCCAAGAGCGCGGGCUUUCUUGUCCCGACAGCUAGCAGCCACGUGCGAUCCCAAAUCGGCCACGAGAUCCGCGCCCAGCUCGACGCCGAACGAGCUUCAUGCUUAGACACUUGAUUACGCUAAACGAGUUGCGCUCGUGUCGAUCAUCGAUCGCCGU